AUGAGUCAGUUACCAGCAUUGUAUUUAAUGAAGGUGUCUUUACAUUUAAAUACUAAAGAUGUUGUUAAGAACUUUAUUCAAGUGAAUAAGAAGUGUAAAGAAACAGUUGAAAACCUUAAAGUGACUCCUUAUUUUAUAAAUGAUGUCAGUAUAAUAUGGUUUGUUGCACAUUUUAGUCCAGAAACUGUUGAGUGCAGAAACACGAGCGGCUUACCGCUUUCUUUACUCUCUCGAGUUAGUUGUAUUCGACAUCCAGACUUCACGGAGUUGCUCAAAAGAAACGAAUUAAAUGAUACCAAUUACACAGAAGUGUUCAACAAAGUUACUCGUCUUGUUUUGUACAAUGAAGAAGACGAUGACUUGUUUUCGAGAAACGUGACAAUCAUGAUACAACACGCCAAAGACUUUUCAAAGUUGGAGUACAUAGAAGGACCAAUCGAUAUCGUCACUGAGUUCAUGGAACAAUUCACUGAGUAUGGUAAGGAGAAGUACAACAAGAUGCCCAAACGCAUACUGUUGUUGUGGAAACGUGGAGAAGCGUUGAUUUGGACGGAAGAAGUGUGCGGCUAUAUCACCAGAAUAGAGAAUUGUGUACCAAACAAUGGGGAAGUUAAAGUGUUUUCUUUGUUCAAACAACACACACCAAAUGAGGAGAGUCUCGCCAUUUUCAAAAUCACUCAAUACUGUUACGUCUUUUUGGGAAAUCAGUCGUGCAACACUUUCAUUGAAAAAAUAACACCACAAAGAGGAAUUGUUAGUAUCAAAAGUUCGAGUGGAACACGAAGCAUUAACAAAGUCAUAGAAAACUGUUAUUCCAAAGAAGUCCGGUGGAGUGUAACAAAUGACGAUAAAGAUGAAAGUGCUUACUGGGAAAUACCGAAGUGUGUGGAGUCGCUUUGCAUCUCCCCCACAUCUCUGUUUUAUCAAGCCAAAAUGUUUCAGGUCAAUAUGGAACAUCUGAAAUAUUUGACACUGAGACUGUGCAGAGGGGUCACCUUUUCAAGUGAAAUGAAAUGUCUCAAACAGAUUGUGAUGGAUCGAUGUAUGAAUGUUACUAUCAAAGAAUGUUCAAUGAAAAGUGUUGAAGAAGUGUUUUUGGACUCUUGCAAUUGUGUUAGUGUUGAAAGAACGUUAACCAAUGUCACUCGAAUGAUUUUGAAUGGAUGUGAAACAAUCAAAAUGGAAACUAAAAUGAAAAGUAUUCAUUACAUCUCUUUAAAAAGUUGUACAUUAGUAGAAUUGCCACAUUUGGUUUUGAACCGUACAACGCAUGUGAUACUUGAUUCUUACAAAGAUAUUACUUUCUUCGAACAAAGUCCGUUUGACCAACACAUUUUGGAAGAGUCAAAAACUUCAAAUCGAACACUACUUGUAUUUCCACAACAACAAAUUGAAAAGGGAGAGGUGUUCAACAUGCGUCCAUUUAUUCCGUGUUCAUUGGGAAUUGGCAUUGAAAAAGACCAAAUUGUGAAAUUUGAAAAUAUGAAGAGUCAAUUGUACGAAGUUCUUUUGUCCAAUUACUUUUACAACCAAGAGACGAUGAAAGAUCCAAUACUCAAACAAAUAAACCAAACCAGUAUCCUUAGAUAUUUUGAAGUCGAAGUAGUUGGGCAUAGUUGGGUGUCCAUCGGGUGCGUCGAUUCGUUAAGAUAUAACAAAACAAACGCGAUGCUAGGGUGGUUCCAAAGCUCCAUCGGUUAUCACUCCGAUGAUGGACACAUUUUCUAUGAAAGUGGACAACCGUGCAAUGCAAUAGCAAAACCAUAUGGUAAUGUAGUGGGUGAAGUGGAUGUAGUUGGGUGUGGAUAUGAUGUGAAAAAGCAAAGAGUGUUUUUCACGUUAAAUGGCAAUUUAAUUGCAGGGUUUCGAGUGUAUUGGAAAAACAUCAGUGCAGGAAUUGCAGUUGCUGAUGUAGGCAAAAUCACCGUGAACUACGGAGCAAAGCCUUUUGUGUACAACACAACUGAACACAAGUUAUAA